UUUGAUUAAGAUGGUGGGUAAUUUCUCCAUUGUUCGGGAAAGAUCUUCAUCCUUCACCCACGUUCACGUCUAUUCGGAAACAGAAAACCAUCAUUCCCAAUUACAGAACCCUCUAAACCCUUCUCCACUCUUCCCCCUUCAUAAUCCUAAUCUUGAACCCUCUCGAAACAUUUUCACACACACUAUAUAUACACGCUCUCGUUUCAUUCCAAUGCAUUCCAUCAGAAACGAAGUAAAUACGCAGCUAAACCUUCAUCUUUCUGUGACUCUUUUUCUUCAAAACAAAAACAAUAAUGUCGCUGAUUCCAAGCUUCUUCGGAACAGGGCGAAGGACCAACAUCUUUGACCCAUUCUCCCUCGACGUCUGGGACCCAUUCCAGGACUUCCCCUCCGCCGCACUCUCCGCUCCUCGCUCCGACUUCGCCAACGAAACCACCGCCAUCGCCAACACCCGCAUCGACUGGAAGGAGACACCUGAGGCGCACGUGUUCAAGGCCGACCUUCCGGGACUCAAGAAGGAGGAAGUGAAGGUCGAGAUCGAGGAAGGGAGGGUGCUUCAGAUUAGCGGCGAGAGGAGCAAGGAGAAGGAGGAUAAGGGUGACACGUGGCACCGCAUGGAGCGAAGCAGCGGAAGGUUCCUGAGACGGUUUAGGCUGCCGGAGAAUGCUAAGUUGGAGCAGGUGAAGGCUUCCAUGGAGAACGGGGUGCUUACUGUUACGGUUCCCAAGGAGGAAGUUAAGAAGCCCGAUGUCAAGCCCAUUCAGAUCACCGGCUGAAGAGCCUUAAAGUUAAAGCCCGAUGUGAAAGCCCCUCCAGAUGGCGGGCUAAGCAGUUUGCGAAAUAAAAUUAAAAAUAUAUAUAUAGUAUAAUAAUAAAUAUGUAUCUAUGGUUGUUGAGUGCAGAUGUGGACUCUGCUCCAGUGCUGCCAAUUACGUCAGUGUGGUUUUGAUUUUCUCUGUGUAUGUUUUUUAUGUUGAAUACUUUAUGUAAUUGCCUUAUAAUGUAAUGCAAGAGCUUUUUUUUUCUUUUAAGUGUCUUGUGAGUAUAA